AUGCAUUCCACUACAAAUCUUUCCCAUGCAGGCUUCGAUGCAAAAGACUUAAACAACCAACCAAACAACAUACCAUCGGAAUACGUAUGGCCCGACGAAGACAAACCCUCCACCGACAUCAAAGAGCUCCAAGUCCCUAUCCUCGACAUCUCCCGUUUUCUCUCCGACAAAGACAACCACGUCGCAACUUCUCAAGCGUCUAGCCUCGUGUCCGAAGCUGCCAAGCUUCAUGGCUUCUUCCUCGUCACGAACCACGGAGUCGACGAAGGGAUAUUGGCACGUGCCUACAAAUGUAUGGACACGUUUUUUGACUUGCCGGCAUCGGAGAAACAAAAGGCCAAGAGGAAAUGGGGUGAGAUCUCCGGUUACGCCGAUAGCUCUGCUGGGAGAUUCUACUCGAAGCUUCCUUGGAAGGAAACGUUGACGUUUAGAUUCUCUGCUGAGGAGAAGCUCAAGAACGGUACGGAAACCGUUAAAGAUUACGUUUCUAAGACAAUGGGAGACGAGAACGAAGAGCUUGGAACUGUGUUUCAAGAAUACUCAGAGGCGAUGAGUACUCUUUCGCUAAAUAUCAUAGAGUUUCUUGGAAUGAGUCUUGGGAUCGAAAGACGCUAUUUGAGAGAGUUUUACCAAGAUAACGAUUCGAUACUUAGGUUGAAUUAUUAUCCGCCAUGCAAACAGCCAAAUCUUACAUUAGGUACAGGGCCUCACACGGAUCCGACUUCUCUAACCAUACUUGAUCAAGACCAAGUCGGUGGUCUUCAGGUUUUCUUUGAGAACCAGUGGAGAUCCAUCGCUCCCAAGCCUCGAUCAUUCGUGAUUAACAUCGGCGACACCUUCAUGGCGUUGACGAAUGGAAUAUACAAAAGUUGCUUACACCGGGCAGUGGUGAACAGCGAAAGGGAAAGGAUGUCAUUAGCAUUUUUCUUAUGUCCAAAAAUGGACAAGGUGGUGAAACCACCGAAGGAGUUACUAGAAGUGUCCGGCCAGAGUCUGUACCCUAAUUUCACAUGGUCCAUGUUUCUUGAGUUCACGCAGAAGCAUUAUAGAUCCGACAAGAACACUCUUCAAAACUUCUCAGACUGGAUUAGGAGCAAAGAAGCCAUCGACAACAUACUUGCCGGAAAAAGUUAG